UCCUGGGGGAGUGACGGCCCGGAGUCUAAGAGACGGGGCCGGAAGGUGGCGGGAGGGGGCUGAGCCGGAGCCGGCGGGAGGGCCAGGCCCAGAAGCCCCCAACCUGGCUUACCCGCCCCGGCCGCGGCUGAGGAAGAAGAGGAGGAUGAUCUCCAGAUACACUCGGAAGGCGGUGCCACAGAACUUAGAGCUGAAAGGAAUAACAAAACAUGCUCUUAAUCAUCAUCCCCUUCCAGAGCAGCUGGAUGCAAUUUCCUCUACCAAUGACACCCAUGAAAAAGACAUAAGUUCCCAAAGUGAGUCUGACAUCACACAAGAAUCACCUUUUACAUCAGCUGACACUGGGAAUUCAAGGUCUGCUUUUCCAAGUUAUACAGGCACAGGGAUCUCUACUGAAGGCAGCUCGGACUUCUCCUGGGGAUAUGGUGAACUUGAUCAAAAUGCCACUGAAAAAGUCCACGCAAUGUUCACAGCCAUUGACGAGCUCUUGUAUGAGCAGAAGUUGAGUGUACAUAUUAAAAGUCUACAAGAAGAGUGCCAACAGUGGACAUGUAGCUUUCCUCACCUCAGGAUUCUGGGUAGGCAGAUAAUCACUCCAAGUGAAGGUUAUGGACUGUAUCCUAGGUCCCCUUCUGCUGUUUCAGCUUCACAUGAGGCAACACCGUCUCAAGAAAGAGAUUCUACUAUAUUUGGUAUUAGGGAAAAGAAGUUACAUUUUUCAUCUUCAUAUGCUCCUAAAGCAUCUUCCAUUGCCAAAUCCCCUAUCUUGUGUUCUAUGGAAAGAGAAGAGGAAGACUGUAUAAUCUUCUCAGAAGGAAUAAUAGAGGAAUACCUAGCAUUCGACCACACAGAUAUGGAAGAGGGGUUUCAUGGAAAGAAAUCAGAAGCAGCUACAGACAAACAGAAAUUAGGGUACCCACCCAUUGCUCCAUUUUACUGCAUGAAGGAGGAUGUCCUUGCUUAUGUGUUUGACGAUGUGUGGAGCAAGGUCCUAAGCUGUAUGGAGCAGCUGACACGUAGUCACUGGGAGGGAUUUGCUUCUGAUGAUGACAGUAAUGUUGCAAUCACCAGACCAGCUUCAGAAAGCCCCUGUGUGCUGAAUGAACCACAACCUUUGGUCUUACCUCGAGUGCCACAGUCUAAGGUGCUGUCCAUCACCUCAAAUCCGAUGAGUCUCUGUCAAGCAGCAAGUGGUCAUCAGCCAAAUGUGAAUGGUCUCUUGGUUCAUGGGAUGCCUCUACAGCCAAGAAAUCUCUCCCUAAUGGACAAGCUCCUAGAUCUUGAUGACAAGCUACUUAUGAGGCCUGGGUCCAGUACCAUCCUUUCAACUCGAAAUUGGCCAAAUCGAGCCCUGGAGCUUAGUACAUCAUUUCUGUCAUAUACAGUGCAGUCCGCCAGGAGACGCAAUCCCCCACCACGUACCCUUCAUCCCAUCAGCACAAGCCAUUCACGCGCUGGAACACCAAGACCUAUGGAAGAAAUACUCAGAGGAUCCCGAGUCCCAGUGGCAGCCGACUCACUCUCCUCUCCCUCACUACUGCCCCUGAGUCGAAACAAUCUGCUGCCACCUAUUGGCACAACUGAAGUGGAACACUUGAGCACUGUGGGGCCACAAAGGCAAACGAAAACCCAUGGUGAUUCCAAUCGAGCUCAAAGUGCAGCGGUGGAUGAGCCUAACCAUCAGCAGCCCCACGAGAGGCUCCUUUUACCAGACUUUUUCUCCAGGCCUAACACAACUCAGUCAUUUUUGCCGGACACACAGUAUCGUUGUUCAUGUGCUACUGAGUAUCCUCAUCAGGCCCAACCUGGUAGGGGAUCUGCACGAACAGGCCCUGUUACAUGGAUCUACAAAAUCUCAAAACAGAGGUGGACCAAUCACUAGAACCAGGCAGGGACCAUAGGGCAAGUGAGAAGAACCUGCCUCAGGCUGCAGGGAACAUGUGGGAAGAUUUCACAAAU